AUGGAGUCCAACACAGAACCACAGCCCGCCUUCCCACCCCUCGAGACCGACCGCCUCAUCCUCCGCAUGUUCGACCCCUCCCGCCCCGCCGACUACGCCGCCAUCCUCGCCAUCUACGACGGCCCUUACGCCCACCGCACAGUCGGCAAUCUCGGCCUCUCCACCGCCGAGGACGUAGACAACCGGUGCCGCAAGUUCGGUCCUCGACCGCAGCAGCCCCAGCCGCAGAGUCCGUCGUCGUCGUCGACGAGCGGGAGUGUGACGCCCACCACCUUCCCCACCCACCCCUGGCACCUCAUCUACCUCCGCGCCCAACCCGACCGGGGUGUCAUAGGCAUGACGUCCCUCUUUCACCGCCGGCCCCUCCCCAGCCCUGACCUCGUGUACUACAUCCACGAAGAAUACACGGGCAGAGGGUACGCGACCGAGGCCGGCACCGCGGCGCUGAGAUGGUGGACCGACGCGAUGGGCGUGCAGGAUAUCUGGGCCGGCAUCUUCGACACGAACCACGCGAGUCAGCGGGUGGCGAGGAAGAUUGGAUUGGUCGUCGACGGUGGCGUGGUUCGUCUGGUGGAUGCAAAUGGGGUUGUCAGGGAGGCGAGGGCUUUUGUGCAGCCCGCGUCCGUGGAGAGGAAGGGGAGGUGGUUGGACGGGGUGGUCGUCGACGUUAGGGAGAAGAGGGACUGA